AAUUUCUCCUUCAGAAAAUGUAAAUAGAGAGGAUCAUAAAGUUGGAAUUAUUGAUAUAUUAUCAAAUUUCAGAAUUUUCAUCAGCAUUUUCGUUACAUUGGUUACGUGCACGGUUAUUGGAUUUCUGGAUGUCGGUCUUGAGCCUCAUUUGAGAGAGUUUGCUCAACUCAGAUCAUCAACUGUUGGAGUUAUAUUCUUGGUUGCUGGUUUAUUUUAUGGAUUGACAACUUACCUCGUUGGCCUUAUAGUACCAAAAAUAAAAGACGUUACUUUCCUAAACAUUUUCGGCUUGAUUUUAUCUGGACUAGCCUUUGUCUUUAUCGGACCGAUGUAUCCUGUACCAAUAAAUCCGUCGAUUGCGUUGGUUAUAGUUUGUCAAGUUCUCUUUGGUAUCGGUUCUUCAGUUAGUUUGGUGUCCAACUUUUCACAAUCUAUGAGAGAGAAAGAUUUAUCAGAUAUGAAAGACGAUUCUGGAGCUGCAUCAAUAAUUAGCAGUUUAUUCAUCUCAAUCUUCUCAUUAGGAAGCGCGAUAGGUCCAAUAGUUGGAGGCCAAUUAGUAGCGAGAUAUAAAUUUGGUGAAGCCUGUACCUUUAUGGUAGGACUUAUAUCUGCAACGUUGCUUUUGGUUGUCCUGACAAUAAUUUUUCACAAGAGACCGUAUACAAUCGCAGAAUCGACACCACCAAGAGUAGUUGUCCAACGACUUGCGUCAACUCAGCAUCGUAAUAUCGUUAAAAUUAAGGAAGUGGAAUUCAAAAAAACCGCAAUGUGACCAAGUUUAAAAUUAAUAAACAUCUAACUAUCAAGACUUGAAGCCAAUCAAUUCUGGUUUCUCUACGACCUCAAGUAUACAUGUAUCAAACAGUAUUAGAUUCUAGAUGUAGAAGAAUAGAUUAAAAUGUUAUUUCCAAUGAA